AUGAAGCGCAAGAAAGGUGAAAGCAGCGGUUCUGCUCAACGCCGCCGUGUUGGAGAUCAACCUCCACCAGCCGUCGCAGAUCAACUCGCUCAGCCUCUACCAGCCGUUGCAGAUCAACUCGUUCAGCCUCUACCAGCCGUUGCAGAUCAACUCGCUCAGCCUCUACCAGCCGUGGCAGAUCAACUCGCUCAGCCUCUACCAGCCGUUGCAGAUCAACUCGUUCAGCCUCCACCAGCCGUCGCAGAUCAACUCGCUCAGCCUCCACCAGCCGUCGCAGAUCAACUCGUUCAGCCUCCACCAGCCGUUGAAGAUCAACUCGUUCAGCCUCCACCAGCCGUCGCAGAUCAACUCGCUCAGCCUCCACCAGCCGUUGCAGAUCAACUCGUUCAGCCUCUACCAGCCGUCGCAGAUCAACUCGGUCAGCCUCUACCAGCCGUCGCAGAUCAACUCGCUCAGCCUCUACCAGCCGUUGCAGAACAACUCGUUCAGCCUCUACCAGCCGUUGCAGAUCAACUCGCCUCCACCAGCCGUCGCAGAUCAACUCGCUCACCUCCACCAGCCGUGGCAGAUCAACUCGCUCAGCCUCCACCAGCCGUCGCAGAUCAACUCGCUCAGCCUCCACCAGCCGUGGCAGAUCAACUCGGUCAGCCUCUACCAGCCGUCGCAGAUCAACUCGCUCAGCCUCUACCAGCCGUUGCAGAUCAACUCGUUCAGCCUCGACCAGCCGUUGCAGAUCAACUCGCUCAGCCUCCACCAGCCGUGGCAGAUCAACUCGCUCAGCCUCCACCAGCCGUCGCAGAUCAACUCGCUCAGCCUCGACCAGCCGUCGCAGAUCAACUCGCUCAGCCUCCACCAGCCGUCGCAGAUCAACUCGGUCAGCCUCCACCAGCCGUUGUAGAUCAACUCGCUCAGCCUCUACCAGCCGUUGCAGAUCAACUCGCUCAGCCUCCACCAGCCGUGGCAGAUCAACUCGCUCAGCCUCCACCAGCCGUCGCAGAUCAACUCGUUCAGCCUCUACCAGCCGUUGCAGAUCAACUCGCUCAGCCUCUACCAGCCGUGGCAGAUCAACUCGCUCAGCCUCUACCAGCCGUGGCAGAUCAACUCGUUCAGCCUCUACCAGCCGUUGCAGAUCAACUCGUUCAGCCUCCACCAGCCGUCGCAGAUCAACUCGCUCAGCCUCCACCAGCCGUCGCAGAUCAACUCGUUCAGCCUCCACCAGCCGUCGCAGAUCAACUCGCUCAGCCUCUACCAGCCGUUGCAGAUCAACUCGCUCAGUCUCCACCAGCCGUUGCAGAUCAACUCGUUCAGCCUCUACCAGCCGUCGCAAAUCAACUCGGUCAGCCUCUACCAGCCGUCGCAGAUCAACUCGCUCAGCCUCUACCAAUCAACUCGCCUCCACCAGCCGUCGCAGAUCAACUCGCUCAGCCUCCACCAGCCGUCGCAGAUCAACUCGCUCAGCCUCGACCAGCCGUCGCAGAUCAACUCGCUCAGCCUCUACCAGCCGUCGCAGAUCAACUCGUUCAGCCUCUACCAGCCGUCGCAGAUCAACUCGGUCAGCCUCUACCAGCCGUCGCAGAUCAACUCGCUCAGCCUCGACCAGCCGUCGCAGAUCAACUCGCUCAGCCUCGACCAGCCGUGGCAGAUCAACUCGCUCAGCCUCGACCAGCCGUCGCAGAUCAACUCGCUCAGCCUCGACCAGCCGUGGCAGAUUAA